AUGAGUCUCUCCGCUCGUCUCAUAGAGUCAUACGAAGACCGGAAACCAUUCAUAGGGGAUCUAUCAACUUCAUUCAGUCGACCUGCACAUUUAGCUAUACCACGAAGUAGUACACCCUUAGCUAGACCACCAUCAAGGGCCGUCAACAUGGAUCCAAACGAAAGUUGGAUGUCACACCAUGGACAACAAUCAUUCACGGCUGGACCAUCUACUCAGGGAACUUCUUCCUGGUCAGAAGAGAGGAUACAGAUGCUUCAAGCUAGACUUGCGAGGAAGCUAGGUCCCGAAUACGUCACUCAGCGACCUGGUCCAGGGGGAGGACCGAAAUUGAGCUAUAUAGAGGGAUGGAAAGUCAUCAACCUCGCGAACGAAGUAUUCGGAUUCAACGGAUGGUCUUCCUCGAUAGUUUCGCUGAAAACGGAUUAUAUUGAUGAGAAAGAGGGCGGACGAGUAUCAGUCAACGUUACUGCGAUAAUAAGGAUAACACUGCUAGAUGGAUGUUAUCACGAAGAUGUUGGUUGCGGGCAAGGAGAGAAUAUAAGGGGGAAGUCGGCAGCGUUAGAUAAAGCCCAAAAGGAAGCGGUCACAGAUGCUACCAAAAGAGCAUUACGAACGUUUGGUAACGUUCUUGGAAAUUGUCUGUAUGAUAAGGAAUAUACUAAAGAAGUGGUCAAGAUCAAAGUACCUCCGGCCAAAUUCAACCAAAAUGAUUUGGAACGACGGCCCGAGUUCAUGCCAGCCGGUGCACCAGGACCAUCCACCGCUCCUCAGCAAGCCAAAUCAGCCGUACCUAUACAACAGCCUCAGCCUAUCCGUCCGCAAGCAAGAAUAGAGCCACCCAUAAUCGCCCCUGGAACGCCUUUGAAGUCGAUCAACGACCAUGAAGGAGAUGUAUUCAUGGACGAGCAUUUCGAUGCUGAAUUUUUGUAUGAUUCGUUUUUGAAUCAGAUCGAGGACUCCAAUGUACCUGAUCAGAACGGAAACUCGAGAAUCAAAAAUUCUUCGAUGCAACAAAACGCUCAAGCCGGACCAUCGAGAUUACCUGAUCAACCGACUUAUCAGCAUCGUCACCGACCUGAUGCCCUUCAACAGUCUGCUCAAGACAACACGUCAGUAUCGUAUAAUAAACCUGGGCAGGUAGGCUCGAAACCAAGCAGUGGGAAUUCAUCUGGAUCAGGAUCGGGUGGAAGUGGAAAGACACUUCCCGAGGCAUCGGGUGUGAAACCUAGACCUGUAGGAGGGUUUGCAGCACAGGGCGGUAACGCAGUAGCCAGCAACGCAAAUUCCAACGCAGCGGCUGCAUCAGCUCGUCGACUCGCCAUGGCUUCCGCAAUGCACACUUCGUCAUCGCCACCUAUAAGAUCUGAAUCACCUAAGAUACCUUCGGGAGGGAUCAAUGAUGUAGCUGCACGAGCAAUCACUAAGUUGACAAAUGAGCGGGAGGAUUUCAGGAUGAAUGGGAAUGUUGUGAGUGAUGAUGGAGAAAACGUUAAGCUAGCUGGUUUCGCCAGUGCGAGGGGGGUCAAGAGGAAUGGGAAUGAAGAAGUUGGCGAUAGACGCAGCGUAUCUCCGACCAAACUUCCAAAUGUUGGUCAAGGUCAGACGGGAUACGACAGACAAGGACCAAGAAUGGCUUUAGGUGAAUUACCUACAGAAGUAGGUGGAGUUGAUUGGGCGGCGAAACGAUCGCGUAUCGGAUGA